AACAGACAAAAGCAAACUUGGAAGAUGGCUGGGAAACCCAAACUACAUUAUUUCAAUGGAAGAGGGAGAAUGGAGUCUAUCCGCUGGCUACUUGCAGCAGCUGGAAUUGAGUUUGAAGAAGUGUUCCUAGAAACAAAGGAAGACUUUGAGAAAUUAUGCAACGAUGGAGCCCUGCUUUUUCACCAAUUGCCCAUGGUGGAAAUUGAUGGGAUGAAGAUAGUGCAGACACGAGCCAUUCUCAGCUACAUAGCAGCAAAACACAACCUCUAUGGGAAGGACCGGAAUGAAAAGACACUGAUUGACAUAUAUGUGGAAGGAACAAUUGAUCUGAUGGGGAUGAUUAUAUCUCUCAUGUUUCAAACCACUGAGGGAAAAGCAAAGCAAAUUGCUCUAAUCAUUGACCAGGCUACAACCAGAUACUUCCCAGCUUAUGAAAAGGUUUUAAAAGACCAUGGACAAGAUUUCCUUGUCGGUAACCGGCUUAGCUGGGCAGAUGUACAUCUGUUUGAAACCAUUCUGAUGACGGAGGAGUUGAAGUCUGAUGUUCUUUCCAAAUUCCCCCAGCUACAGGCCUUCAAAACAAGAAUGAGCAAUAUUCCCACCAUUAAGAAAUUCUUGCAGCCUGGCAGUCAGAGAAAGCCCCCUCCAGAUGAUGAGCUUGUUGCAAAGAUCAGGAAAAUGUUCAACAUGUGACAAUGCCUGCAAUGAAGCGGACUACAAAUUACUAGGGUAUAGUUAUGUGAUUUCUACUUUUUCCGUACAUGCACCAUUAACUGUGUGGCCUUUGCUUGCAAUAUUUUGGUAUAUAACAAUAACUCCUUU